AUGUCGUCGUCCGAGGGCGCUCCGGAGUCCUGGAUCUCCUCGUUCUGCUCGCUCAUGGGGCACGAAUUCUUCGCCGAAGUUUCGGAGGAUUUUAUCGAGGAUGACUUCAACCUGACCGGCCUGCAGUCACAGGUGCCUAUGUACAAGGAGGCCCUAGAGAUGAUUCUGGAUGUGGAACCGGAAGAGGAUGAGGGUGAGGAAGAAGAGGAGGAGGAGGAGGAAGAUGAGGACGAAAUCCUCGGUGACGAGAAGCCGCCCGGUUACCGGAGAGAGCGGAGGCAUGCAAGGGUAGCCAGCGAUUUGAGCGUCAUUGAGAGCUCGGCGGAGCUGCUUUACGGGUUGAUCCACCAACGGUAUAUCACUUCACGGCCGGGCAUCCAACAGAUGUUGGAGAAGUACGAGAUGCAACACUUCGGGGUCUGCCCACGAGUUUACUGCAACGGUUGCAAAGUGCUCCCCGUGGGACGCUCCGAUACACCGGGUCAGGAAACGGUGAAGCUCUUCUGCCCCAGCUGCCAGGACCUAUAUACGCCGCCGAACAGCCGGUUUCACUCGGUGGAUGGCGCCUUCUUUGGCACAACAUUCGGCUGCUUGUUUUUCAUGACCUUCCCUGACCUCGACGUCGGACCCCGGUUCGAUGCAUCUCUAAAUGCGCUAUCCCCAACGCGGUCAGCCUCGAUCCCAUCGACCGUCACAACCACCACUACGACAUCAGCUGGUACGAACAACCAGCCUACAUCCGAUACCCCUCGGCCCCUCUGGCCCACCGAAUUGAACGGCGUACGGACGGCCAACUUCGCCCCUGGCUUGGGAGAGGGCAAGAUGUACGAGUCGCGGAUUUACGGAUUCCGCGUGUCAGAGCGCUCGAGGUCUGGUCCGCGCAUGAAGUGGCUGCGGAUGAAGCCCACGGACAUCACCCAGCUCGACGAGAUGGCCUACUUCAAAUCCCUGCAAAACUACGACAACGACGGAGAUGCAGAAAUGGGCGGCGACAGUGCACAGAACGCGAUAGCAAAACGGAAAAAGGCACCGAUGCGACGGCGGCGGUACCCCGCAGAACCUAUGAACAUAAACGGGGUGGCUGGUUAA